CACAAAAAUUUAACCAAAACUUUUUGAAACCCAAAAACAUUGAUCAUAACUAAUGCCGGGAUCAGUGUUGAAGACAAUAGUCGGUGCGGCUAUGGGUUCGGUGAACACGGGUUUACUACAGUUCGUGUCACUCAUACCGGCGCUCAUACCAGUGCUCAUAAACAUGUGGAUCAAUUCGGUGGACAAGAACUCUGUGCACAAUCAGCACUGGAAAGUGCAAUACGACUACAUAGUAGUGGGCGGCGGGACUGCCGGCGCGCUAAUCGCCAACCGAUUGGCGGCAACCAAAUACCGAGUACUGGUGCUCGAGGCCGGCGGUAACGGCAACUUCUUUAACGAAGUGCCGGCGCUGUCGCACGUAUUGCCGCAGACAUCGAUGGACUGGCAGUUUGUGACCGAACCGCAGGAGGGCUCGUGUCUCGGUCUCACCGAACAGCGGAGUCAGUGGCCGAGCGGUCGAGUAUUGGGCGGCACUUCAGCGAUGGACGACCCGUUGUAUGUGAACGGAAAUCCCGCGGACUUUGACCGCUGGCAAGAGAUGGGCGCCGAUGGCUGGGACUGGAAGUCUGUGAGACAACACUUUCCCGUUCCUGAGAGCGACCGAAAGGCUGGCUCUGACACAGAGUUUGAAGAGGCCUUCGAGAGUAAGCUAACGGUGCAGAUGACGGACACCCCUCUCGCCCGCGCUUUCAUUCAAUCGGGUCUCAAAAUGAACUAUAGUUUAGUAAAAGUCAACACUCGGGCUAACAUUGGGUUCAGUUUCCCUCAGUUUACCACAAAAAAAGGUCGUCGCCAGUCGUCGGCGAAGCUCUACUUGUCAUCGGUUCUGAAGAACAAAAACCUGGAUCUCGUUAACUAUGCGUUCGUUAAGCGAUUGGUGGUCACGAACGGGACGGCCAGUGCUGUCGAGUUUGACCGCUUCGGCAGUACUUAUACCAUAAAAGCCAAACAUGAGAUCAUAUUAACAGCCGGCGCUAUCAAUACACCCAAAAUACUGAUGCUAUCGGGAAUCGGACCCAAAGAGCACUUAACGGCGCUCGACAUACCAGUGGUCGCGGAUCUGCCGGUGGGUGACAACCUUCAGGACCAGUUCGGCACUCAUAUGUCGUACACUAUCGACAAAAGCAAAACCAUUAACGCAUUCAAAGACAUGGAUUUCAUGCAAUUUUUUAAAUACAUACUCUAUUCGGAGGGCGUUUUGGCCAAACCACCCGUCGAUGCCGUGGCCUUCAUCGACACCGACACCACUCCCGGCGCCGCCGAUCCGCCGAUUAAUAAGGCGCCAAACGUCCAGUUAAUACUCAAACCGAUGAGUUUGACUUCAGAUAACGGCCAACUUCUGCGCCAAUCGUACGGAAUCGCUGACCACUACUGGAAACUCUUUGAGAAACACACGGCCAAAGACUCGUUCACUAUUGUGGCCAAUCUGUUGCGGCCGAAGAGUCGCGGAUCAGUGCGGCUGCGAUCGGGCGAUCCGUUCGCUGCGCCAGUGAUUGAUCCUAAAUAUUAUUCGUCCCGCGAAGACAUGGAAACGAUGGUUAAGGCGCUGAAAGUGGUCAAGAAUAUUGUCCAACAAAGACCUUUCCGGAUGCUAAGUGUCUUAGGGUUAGGAAAGCCCCGCGAAUGCGACCAGUAUUUGCUUAAAGCCGACAAAUACAGCGAAUGUCUGGCCAGAACUGCGACACUGACGGCCCGAUCGCCGGCCGGCACGUGCCGUAUGGGCGACCCGACACACCCCACGUCAGUAGUGGACCCUAAGUUGCGGGUAAUCGGCGUGAAUGGGCUGCGAGUGGCCGACGCGUCCGUAAUGCCGGCGCUGGUGUCCGGCAGUCCAUACGCCACCACUUUGAUGAUCGCCCAAAGAGUGACCAACUUUAUCGUCGAGAGGGACCAGGAAUUCCUGCGCCGACUCUGGGAUCAGGUGAACGGAUUCAUAAUGAAUGGCAUUUUGUUGGCCGCGAAGACUGUCGCCCAAUACUUUGGUCUCAAAGAUUUUGAAAAGACCCUCAAAUUGGCGGACAGUCUUAGUGGACAUCAAUUGUCAGAAGUAAUGAAUGCUUCGUGGUGA